AACUUCAUUUUAACUUGCAGGAUGAUGCGACUUGUGAGUGCGGUGGUGAGAACAGUGAGCUUCAGUGCCGGGAAUGCCAGAAUCAUUCUAUUUUCACCUGGUGGAACCUCUGGAGGUGUUUGUGAGAAAGGUUCACCUUCUCUCCGCGGCUGCCUCAUGCCGACGCUGUCUCGCAAUGUUCAAAUAUCCCGCGCACGACGUCACCGUCGCCAGCCAAUGGGAGGCUGGGUAAAAGUUCACGUGACUGGCGAAGUCCAAGCAACAGCUAUGGAGAGUGUAUCUCGCCAGUCAAGAUGGAGGACAGUGGAGUGGACACUUCGUGUCCACAGACUCAGACUCAGACUACACACAUUUCGUGUUUAUACCCAGAAAUCUUGGCGCUUAUAUUCAGUUACUUGGAUGUUAAAGACAAGGGGCGUGUGGCCCAAGUGUGUGCUAACUGGCGGGACGCUGCCUAUCAUAAGAGCGUGUGGAGAGGAGUAGAGGCAAAGCUCCACCUGCGCAGGGCCAACCCGUCUUUGUUCGAGUCGCUGGGGUGUCGAGGGAUUCGCCGUGUGCAGGUGCUCUCGCUACGGCGGGUGCUGAGAGACGUGAUCAGCGGGGUGCCUAAUAUUACCUCCCUCAACCUCUCCGGCUGCUACAACGUCUCCGACAUCAGCCUCACUCACGCCUUCGCCAACGAGUGUCCCUCGCUCACUCACCUCAACCUCUCGCUCUGCAAGCAGAUCUCAGACUCUGCGCUGGGAAAAAUCGCUCAGCAGCUGAGAAACUUGGAGGUGCUCGAGUUGGGAGGGUGUUCCUACAUCACCAACACUGGCCUGCUGCUGGUGGCGUGGGGGCUGAAAAAACUGAGAGAGCUGAACCUGAGGUCAUGCUGUCUGGUGAGCAACCAAGGUAUUGCCUACCUGGCGGGCCAGCACCAGGAGGCUGCGGACGGCACGAGGGCACUGGAAUACCUCGGCCUCCAGGACUGCCAGAAGCUGUCGGAUGAGGCCCUAAGGCAUGUCGCCAAUGGGCUUCCCAACCUCAAAAGCAUAAACCUCUCGUUCUGUGCCAGCAUCACAGACUCGGGCCUCAAGUACCUGGCCCGGAUGCCCAGCCUGCGAGAGCUGAACUUGAGGUCGUGCGACAACAUCUCGGACAUCGGAAUUGCUUACCUGGCUGAGGGAGGCUCGUGCAUCACCACGCUAGACGUCUCCUUCUGUGACAAAAUUGGGGACCAGGCGCUGGUUCACAUAUCCCAGGGGCUGUUCACGCUGAGGUCGCUGUCGUGUUCGGCUUGCCAAAUCAGCGACGACGGCAUUCAGCGCAUUGCCCGCACCCUGCACGAGCUGGACACCCUCAACAUCGGGCAGUGUGUGCGCGUCACGGACAAGGGGCUGCAACUCAUAGCAGAGCACCUCACCAACCUGUACUGCAUUGACCUCUACGGCUGCAAUCGCAUCACCACGGUGGGUCUAGAAAGGAUUAUGCAGCUGCCCCGCCUGUCCGUGCUCAACCUGGGGUUGUGGCACAAACAAAAGCGGUGACGCUUGUCACACUUAGGUCACCCUAACCAAUCCCCAACCCAGAUUCAGCAGGUGCUCAGCCCCACCGAACAUUCAAGGUAAAUUUCCCGGGCCGGCGGCUCAGUCAAGAUAGGUAACUGGUCACUGGUCCAUGAACGGAUCGCCUUGGCUGUGUGCUGUCCACAUGUUGCUUCUGCGGUGUCACUUAUCUAGGGCUGUGCUAUGUAAAGAACUCUUCGUGUAGAACUUGCUCAGGGUGUCAGGGAAAAGUAUUCCUAUAUGUAUACUGUUAGAGACCCAACCCAGUGUGUCGCUGUGCUGGUGUCCAUGAACUGUACAUUUCGUCAAUGUCAGACUGUUCUGCCAGUGCCAUGAGUGCUGGCGGCCACCCUCCCGCCAGGGGCGUCAUGACGUGCCCUCCGUGCCAUGAGAGGUGCUUGCUCCCGCAGUACUCGCUACGACUUCCUGUUUUAAGGUCGUCUUAUUCUAUGGUAGUAACUACAACGAAUGGCAUCAGUCCAUUACGCCUCCACUGUUCAGUCCCUCGCAGGUCUUCUUGUCUUAGUUACCCAGCAACAUUGGAGAGGGAUUAUGGUGCCAAUCAAUGCCAACUUUACAAAGUCUGGUGUUAGUGUUAGUGAACAAGUGUCAGCAGAAAUCUUUGAACGUUUGUAUAUAAGGUAGUGCCGUGAUAACCAAUGUGAUAUUGUGUCUGAGUGAUUCAGGCCUCGAGAGGGGCACUGCGCUGGCCUCGUGUGUGUGUGUGUGUGUGUGUGUGUGUGUGUGUGUGUGUGUGUCGGGUGAAGUCUCGGCUAUUGUAAAUAUUAUAGAGUAUAUAUCAAAUUCAUUCUGUCUAUUAGGAGCCAAGUUUAAGGUGUCAGCUGGCGGUGUAAGAGUAGUGCACUACGGGUGGGGCGGCAGCAGGUGGGGUGGUCAUGCAGCAGGGUGGCCAAGGCCCCCAGCGCCUCGUCCUGCGCCCCUCUGCCCCAGUCUUCAGUACACUGCAGUGAGUAACAAACUACUGUUGCUUCAUGCAGGUCUAAAUUUGCAUACAUACUAGAACAGUUUUGACAAGUUAAGAAAAGUUCCGCUCCCUCUUAACCCCUGGCUGUCCGCUCCUCCCCCCCUCCCAGUAAUGAGGUGGUUUUGUGUGUGUGUGUGUGUGUGUGUGUGUGUGUGUGUGUGUGUGUGUGUGUUUCUUUCUUUCUUGAGCUGUGACAAUCUUUAUUCGUUGUUUAUGUUCCUUAUUGAUGGAUCGUUUUGAAUUUUUCACUUGGUAUGUCUAUGUUGUUACAUUCUAGUAGUGAAAGGUUCUCAGUUUUUUCGUCCGUGGGUGGGCGUGGGCAGCCCAGCGCCUGGCAGGCGCCACGCCCGCCACCACCUGGAAACAAACACACACGUAAAGGUCAUCAGUCUUAUCAGGUGACUCACUUCCCGAUGACAGAAAAGUUACGAUGAGAUAAUGUUCAGUGUUAACGCAGUGCCAGGGCGGCGCUGAACGGCGGCACCUCACCGCCGUCCGGAGGAGUGCCACGGAUCCAUAGUCAGGCGACCAUACUCCUGUGACACCCAGUACUGGGAAUUCACUCACUACACUAGAACACACACACACACACACACACACACACACACACACACACACACACACACACACACAUACACACACACACACACACACACACACACACACACACACACACACACACACGAAUCUUUAAAGGCACGAACACAAGUGGGGGGCAUGUGGGGCUGUGCGGGGUGAUGAAUGAACGAAUGAUAUGAACGAUUCCCUUGUCAUGAUUCCCUUCAGGAUGACUUCACGGUGAUCUUCGCGCCUCUCGUGGAAGCUCCUGUCUCGUCACCUUGAGUGUCUACAAAAACCUCGCUGUGUCCUGGACGGUUCUGGCACACACACACACACACACACACACACACACACACACACACACACACACACACACACACACACUCUCUGCGGGGGCUGUACACCACUGCUUCUCAAGGAUGUGUGCCUCACUUCCUGUCAGACACACGGGUGCUACGUCUCUCUGUCUCCAGCCACAUAAGUCAUGGAUGUCAGGCAUUAAAUAAUUUUUAAUGAAUAAAUCAUGUAUUUUUCUCCAUUUGGGGGCAAAUGAAAACAAAUACGUAACUAAAUGCUUCAUUUUCUUUUCUUCUGCAGCCUGUAUGUCAAUAUUUCAGUUUUAUGACAAUUCAAAAUUACCAAAACAGGCAAGCAUUAUACACGUCAAAAUUUCAUUGUUGCCUUAUAUUUUUUCAUGGACACUCAGUCUCAUUCAGUUAGUCAAAAUGCACUGAUUACAAAUGUUUCUCCUGUAUAGUUAUUUCUGACUACUUAUUUCCCACCCAGACUAGUUGCAUUUGACCCACUCUUUAUUUAUUUAUUUUUUUCUCUCGUCACAUUUCAUGUUUAAUCCUUUAUUAGUCUUCUGAGUGUCACUGCUGCAGUCAUAAACAGUUUUCCACAGGUAACAGUGUUCCCAAAGCCCUCUGCCCCGGUGACAAUGUUGGCAUUCCCGUCACGUCGCGCCCGUGUGUCUGGGAAGCACUGCUGUACGGAAGUCUGAGCUGUCCGCCACGCCCAAUAACAAUGCUUCCUUAAUCUUUAUGCAUCAUUCCAAACCUUAGAGAAGAGACAAGAACUCCCGUCGAGAGACGCGACAGCAGCUACUGGUCUGUCCUUCCUGCGCGUCAUGCUCGUUAAUAAUGAUAACGUAACACUCCUAACACAUCUAGAAUGUUACUGAAAAAAUUUACAUGUAAUGUGAAUCCGCAUUAUGCACUGCCUUGCCUCAGCCUUGUGGCCACACCUGCGGGGAGGCGGUGGGCGGCAGCAGCCACCUGCCUGGCCCUGGGAGGCUCCCCCUCCCUUGUCCCCCGCCCCUCGUUGUGGCGCGGGCCAUACAAAUUAAGUGAAACCAUUCGAAAAUUUAAAAUUCCAAACUAACCAUCAUCAUGCGUAAAUCAUUUGUUGCCGAACUGUGAUGAGAAGAGGAACAGGUUCUCUGCCUUAAUGAGUGUGUGGCGGCCACGGGCCAGCUGCGCCCCGCCACCCGGCCUCUGGGACGGAGUAGGACCCCACGGCCCCGGCGCAUACUAAUGGCCUCUAGAGGUCACCACAGUCCUCACUACUAAAUACUAACACGUUUAUUUCUCGUGUUAAGACCGCGUAUACUUCAGUAAGUGCCCUUAGUUCGAUAUUUUGUCAGUUUUGACUCAAAAUAUCACGCCUUCGUUGUUUCCUCAGUGAACAGGUGCUAAAGCUUCCCGCCGCCUCGCCUUACUCCCCACACCUCCUGUUGCCUCACGCAAUCUGGCGGCGGCGAUCACGUUCCUGACUGUCCCACGAUCCAAAGAGAAAAUACCUUCGUGCUAAACCUUCACAUUCACCCCCCGCCUCUCCCGCCCUUCGGAGGUCACGAUGGAUCCCUGGCACUCUGACCCCGGCGUGACCCCCGAGGCGUGGCAGUGACGUCACGCCUCGCCCCAUCCGCCCUGCGACCCCAGGUGGCCACGGAAGACCCUUGGACAAGAGCCGCGUCCCUGUGCUCCUCUGACGCACCAGCUCGCAAUUAGGGACAAAUUACUCCCAUGAGGAUGGUCUGACUUUUCUCUCUCUCUCUCUCUCUCUCUCUCUCUCUCUCUCUCUCUCUCUCUCUCUCUCUCUCUCUCUCUCUCUCUCUCUCUCUGACUGUAAUGCGAAUCUGGAAUAACUCUGCAGUAUAGCGCCAACUAUAACUUUAAAAUGUCGCCUAUACUCUUUAGUUUUUGAGUUCGUGGUUCAUAUACUGGCUGAUUACAUGUUAAAUUGUGUGUGUGAAAGAAAUCACUGUACUUUGUUUAGAAAUGAUCAUUUGUGACGUGAGUAUGGUACGACAAGUCUUGUCAGAUGCGUCAGAGAGAGACAAUGAUAAAACAGGUGACAGAGACGCUGGUCUUGAUUCUUAAUUCUUUUACAAUCUUAGACAACAACAAGCACCGCAAUAUUUUAACUAUUACAUCAUUCACUCUUGUAUUGCUGUCAAUGGUGCCAUUACAAAUUACACAAAAAAAUUAAUGCAACAUUUUAUUGAGGAGAGUCACAGUCAGUGUGUUAAUGCCGACACUCUUUAACAAUCCAAGGGAGUUCCGUGGCCUUGUAUGUAUAUGUAAAGAAUGACGUAGUGUGGGCUAACAACCGCCCAACGAAUGGCUUGUAUUCACGUGAUAUUUAUUUGUGAAAGGAAAAAAACAAGAAACAUAACAAUUGUCAAUCCUGUACAGCUAUUAUUACUACUGUUGACGCCGCUGCUCCUGUAUACGUGUGUGUGUAUGUAUUUACUGUAUGUGUCUGGGACCGCCGCCUGUUCUGACACUAACCCUGCCCACCACAACCAUUCCCACCACUACCACCACCACCCUUCCUCCUUUACGGGUACAAGCUCAAUCUUCUCCCCACCAGUCCCUCACUACAAGCUCGCCGGUUCACAGUAUUAGUCACUGGACGGCUGACUCUCUCUCUCUCUCUCUCUCUCUCUCUCUCUCUCUCUCUCUCUCUCUCUCUCUCUCUCUCUCGUUGCGAAAGUGGCAAAAAGUGGCCUAAAUUUAAUGUUUUAUAAAUGUUUCCCAAAAUUACUUGCAGCCAACUAACAACUCAAAGUCCAGAGUUGAAUAUAUUUUUUUUAUUUUUUAUGAUAAUUAGUUUGACAUUCUCGCAUUUUUACUUUGAUGAAAAUAAUAGUUUCUUGUUCUUUUUAUUUUACUGAUUUGCUGUUUUGUCUUCCUUCAUUAACUGUCGUAAGGCCGAAGUUUUAUUUAUUUUUUCUUUGUAAAUGUUCUCUCUCUAAAAUGUUAACAUACAAAAAAGUCUUGCUAAACUUUUAAAAAAAUAAAUAAAUAAAUGAACUAAAAGAAAACAAGUAAUUUUUUUUAUCUACACGUCUUGAUAAAAUGGGAAAAAGAAAAGAUUUUGAUUUUUUUUACUUUUUCUUAUGAGAGAUAAGAUUACAAAAGCUUAUCAUUGUUAUUGUGUGACAUUUAUUCUUUACAAUAUUUCGUGGUUUAAACUUCGUAAAAAUUGCCAUUUUAUCUCUCUCUCUCUCUCUCUCUCUCUCUCUCUCUCUCUCUCUCUCUCUCUCUCUCUCUCUCUCUCUCUCUCUCUCUCUCUCUCUCUCUCUCUCUGGACAUGACAGUUACCAGUCUCUCAGCCCAACCAGUCACCUCCUCACCUGCCGGUCACCCCCCAUCCCCAUCCACCUAUCCACACCCCAUUCCCCCAUCCACACCCCCUCCUCCCCCACCACAUGUAAGAUGAUCGUAGUUUUAUCAAGUGUAAUGACAGAGAACCUCAAGGAAGGCCAGUAACCAACCACAUUCCCUCCCCUUCCCCCUCCCUCCCCCAUUCCUCCAUCUCCCUUUUCCUUUUCUCUCCCUCUUGUAUUCAUGCCUUUGUAAUGUAUUAAUCUCUAACCCUCCCUCCUUCCUUUCCUCCCUCCCUCUCCUCUCCUCUUUCACUACUGAGGUGUUUUCUAUACAUGAAUCAGUCUCUCUCUCUCUCUCUCUCUCUCUCUCUCUCUCUCUCUCUCUCUCUCUCUCUCUCUCUCUCUCUCUCUCUCUCUCUCUCUCUCUCUCUCUCUCUCUCUCUCUCUCUGGUUCCUUCCUUUUCCUCUCUCUCCCUCCCUUUCUAGUGCUUCUCUUUCUUCUUCCCCCUCCGUCUCUCUCUCUCUCUCUCUCUCUCUCUCUCUCUCUCUCUCUCUCUCUCUCUCUCUCUCUCUCUCUCUCUCUCUCUCUCUCUCUCUCUCUCUCUCUCUCUUCUGUUCCCCUCCACACUCCCUCCUGCCUCGAAUGGUUCAAGUACUCUGACGGGCUCCUCUUGUGAGAACGCUGACGUAAGCCUCGCCCGUUCAUUGGCGUCUCUGUUCUGCUCAGGACCUCCCUACGUUACUUGCCGGAAUUCUUCAUUAUAAUUAUUUCCCUUGUGAAUGAACCUCCCCUUAUCCUGUCUCGGUUUUUUAUUUUCAUCUUCUGUCAUUUUCCUCCCGUGUGCUUUCGUUCUUUUGAAUUGUAUCGGAUGGAACAGUCUCUCUCUCUCUCUCUCUCUCUCUCUCUCUCUCUCUCUCUCUCUCUCUCUCUCUCUCUCUCUCUCUCUCUCUCUCUCUCUCUCUCUCUCUCUCUCUCUCUCUCUGAGUGAUUAACUUCCUUUCCUUCACGCUAUAUGCUAGUAUAUAUGAAUCAAAUCUAACCUACCCACCACCACCUCUUCCUCCUUCGUGUCCUUCGCAUCUCCUUUCUUUCUCCACCUCCUCCACCUCUUAUCUCUCUGUUGCUGCUCCUGAUGGUAAAGUUAUUUUUCUAGUGAAUCAGUUCUUGGUUUAUUCUCCCUCCUCUCCACUCCACCCUCCCUCCCUCCCUCCCUUGCUCCCACCCCUCGCCACCUCCAGCACACCUGCCCCUCUGUCCUGCCUGGCUCUCUCGUGGUGCAGGUGUGUGGCGAGGCAUGUGAAGUCGCUCUUGUUUCACACGUUAGCAUUAUUUUGCUGUUUGAUUCCGUCCACGGCCUUCCAGCAUCUCGAUGUUGGGCCGUCCGUUGCUUUCCUUCCCCCGAUCCUGAUGUAUUCCUCCUUCUCUCCCUUCCUCCCUUCCUCCCUCUCCCCAACCACUUCUUGCCAUAGUGUUCUCUGUCGCACACACUCCACCCCUCCCCAAUAGAGAUGGGUACGCAACGCCCACCUCGACGUGACGCGCCAUUUAGUCCAGUGUGUGCUUGUGUGUGUGUGUAGUAGUAGUGUGCGUGUGUGUGUCAAGCUGGUUCGAUUCGUCGCCAAAUUCUGUUCACUCUGUUCUCCACAUGUUUGUACGCCAAGCCAUUAUUUGUGUGUGUUUCUUUUCUUGAAGAAGUGCAUAUGUUGUCAAAGUUAAAAUGAGUAAAUGGUGGUAUGGUACUGUUACACAUGUCCAGGCCGUCAUUACUUGAGUCUGUGUUUAUUUAUUGUGUUUUGUAAAGGUCUGGUAAUGACUGUCGUGUUAGUGUGUCGUUCUGUAACGCGCCACCGAGAAACAAAGUGACUGUUCCGAUGAAAUAUUUAGAGACUCCAGGUCGUGAGGACGAUGUACUCACGACAGGCAACUGUACUGCACCAGCUGGCUCUUUGUACACACACACACACACACACACACACACACACACACACACACACACACACACACACACACACACACACACGGGCUAAGUGUCGCGCCACAGCGGGUGGGGCACUCAGUCUGCCGCCCUCCCUCCCCACCUGUACAUUCCCACAGGGGCAUUCCUCGAGUCAGCUUCACCACAGGACCACCGUCACCCUCACCUCACCUCACCCCACCCAAGUCAUCCUGCACCUCAGAGAAGUUCAGAGCGUUGUCACGCAGCUGCUCGCCGCCGCAGUGAGGGAGUUGUGUGUGUGUCUGUAUGUAUGUAGGUGUGUGCGUGAAUGUACGUUCGUGCAGGUGCGGCAGCAGCACGGACAGGCCGCGCCACCACGCCCGUCACGGCGGGACGUGCGUCGCGUCACGCUGGUGGCGCUGCAGCUGCCUGUUGACUCCCUCACACUGGUGCCGCGGCGGGUGAGCGGCUUGUGUUGCUCCAUACGAGUGUGUCACGACGUGUGUCGCCUCGAGUGUGCGUUUGUGUGUGUCGUUGCACUGCGUGGCACAUGGUGUGUAUAUAUUUAUUUAUAUAUUUUUUUCUGUACUGGAAGUCACUGCUUGAGUAGCGGCGUGUGUGCCGCAGCGCACCAGCGUCAGGGUGAGCGGCUCCGUGGCCGCGGCGCCGCGCCCUCCAGACGCUUGACGUUGUGACGCUCUCUGUACCUAACGUUCAGUAUACGACAGGUCACGCUGGCGCCCUGCGGGUGGCCCUCUGUUCCCGGCCAUCGUUAGCGGGGACGGGUCACGCUGUGGCCUGGCACUGGCCUCAGGUCACCUGGUCACUACAUUCCUCCGUCACUCACGCCUGGACCAGGUGUGGCCCGCCAGGCUGCAGGUGAGCCGCCCCCACCCCGCCCGGCGCGGCGUGGACGGCGCCCACUUGUACAUAACAGCCACAGUGUGUAUACGGACCGACGUGCUCCCCUCAUCAAAUGUGAUACCUUCAAACUUCAAAAUAUUGUUGAAUUUAAUAGAUUUUAUGUAAUCGACUUUUGUAUUUAAAAAUUUGAACAAAUGCUCAAUAAAUAUUUUAUGAAACAUUUAUAAA